AUUAAUAUUAUAGUGUGUAGCAGAGCCUCGCAACACAACCUUGAGGGUUUUGUAGUUUUCUCCUCUCCUUCGUCAUCCGUUGCGGCCGGACGUGAAGAAACAGCAAUGGGAACCACCGCAGUAGAGAAGACUGCAGAAGAGCUCCGUAAAGAGAUCGAAGAGCUUCACCGUCAACAGUGGGAGAUCACCGAGCGCCUUCGAGACCCAAGGGGACUCCGCCGAGGAGGAUUGGCCGGAAAUGGACCUAGAAACAUUGGCGCCAACAGAGCAGGUCGUCCACGAGGAUUUGUCAGACCGGCCGAUAGGGUUGAUUCUGAAGAUCAACCUCCUCCGAAAAGACGACUAUCUUCGGCUGUCGUCAAGAUUGAAGAUGGGGAGGUCACUGAGGAUUUGGAAGGAGCGAAAGAUGUGAAAGAAAAUGAUUCAGCUGCAGAAGAUGGCAGCGAUGCCAAGACUGCUACUGAGAAUGAGACAGAGAAAAGGUUAUCGGACCCACAACGGCCGAAUCAGCGCGGUGGAUUUAGGAGAGAUGGUAAUCGAGGAACAGCUAAGAAGGAUUUUGAUAUUCCGACACAACAGAUUCCCAGGGUUUUGCCGAAAGAUGAGGACCCAAGUCUGGUUAAUAGGAACAAGAGAAUGUUGGGUCAGCUUUUGGGGACACUGGAGAAAUUCCGGAAAGAAGACAUGCAUCUCUCAGCAACUGAAGCAUACAUGCGUCGGUCUAAUUCUUUGCAAAGAGCUGAGCAAAGGGCACGUGAAGAAAGUGAAAGACUACGUCUGCAGGAGCGUGAACAAAUUGCAGAAAAACGAAAGCGGGAUCUGACUCUGCGAGCUAGGGUUGCUGCCAAGGCAGAAGAAAAAAAGCUGGAGCUGCUGUUCCUUCAGUGGAGUGAGCACCAUAAAAAGCUUUGCAAUUUUCUAAGGACUAAGACAGAACCUCCAAUAUAUUAUUUGCCUGUCAAACCAUUGGAUGAUGAUGCAACCUUGGUUGAGGAGCGUAAAGAACAGGCUUUUCUAGAAUGGAAGGCUGCCAGAAGGGAGGAGUUGUCUGGGUAUCAGAUGCAGAUAUCAGAGCAAUAUAUUGCAAAUGUGGAAAUGGAACUCGAGAGGUGGCAAAAUGCUAGGAAUUCAAGAAAAGGGAACAACAAUAUGAACCUACAAGAGACAAUGGACAAGGAGCUGGAGACCCACAGGCUGGAACAUGGGCCCAAGACAAGGAAGAUCCCUGGAACUGCCAACAAUGAUGAUGAGGAGGAUGUGGAAGACAUCAAUGUUGGAGAUGAUGAUAUGAUGGAUGAUGUUCUUGUAGUUGAUGAGAGCAGGAGGGUUGACGAUGCAGCCAAGCUGGUAGAAGGUAAUGGCAAUGCAAGUCCUGGCAUUAUGGAUCAGUAGUAAUGAAUUAUCUCAUACUCAAUAUUGCUCUUGUUUGUCCUAGUAUAUGUUAGAACAAUUUUAGCUUUAGAUAGGUUGUUUUCUGAUAUUGUAAUGUUAUAUUUUAUCGGUUAUGAUCUCUUUUUUAUUAUUAUUAUUAUUGUUUUCCAUCCAGCUUCUAUCUGUAGAUGAUGGAUAUUUAGAUUAUCUUUUUCCUUCUGAGUUUUAUUGUUGGUCAA